GGAUUUAACCAAGUCUUUGCUGCGCGCCUGGCUGCAGUCUUCAACAGAGCCCGACGACCCGAGACUAUUCCCACAAUGUCAGUGUAGUUUCCAUGCCACUUUGGAGCCUCUACGCCUCUUUUUUUUUCCUAUUUUGUAUUUUUUGUUUUGGUUGUACCCAUUGAACUAUUCCAAGCGUCCCUUCCGAAGUAUGACUGGAGUAUUUGACCGGAGAAUCCCGAGUGUCAAACCAGCAAAUUUCCAGACUUCUUUCCAGCUCGCCACCAUGCAUCAUCCCUCCCAGGAAUCUCCUACUUUACCUGAGUCCACCGCCACGGAUUCUGGCUACUACAGUCCGGCCGCUGGAGUCUCUCACGGUUACUGCUCGCCCACUUCAGCCUCGUACGGAAAGGCGCUCAACGCCUACCAGUACCAGUACCCGGGCGUGAACACAUCUGCUGGGAAUUUUCCGACCAAAUCUUACUCAGACUACAGCUCAUACACGACUCCAGCCUACCACCAGUAUGCUGGUGCUUACAGCAGAGCUCAGCCGAGUCCACAAGAAAAGGAAAUUGCUGAGCCUGAGGUGAGGAUGGUGAACGGGAAGCCGAAGAAAGUGCGGAAACCUCGGACUAUCUACUCCAGUUUCCAACUAGCUGCCCUGCAGAGACGCUUCCAGAACACGCAGUACCUCGCCUUGCCCGAAAGAGCCGAACUGGCUGCUUCGCUGGGUCUCACGCAAACACAGGUGAAAAUCUGGUUCCAGAACAGGAGAUCCAAAAUGAAGAAGAUCAUGAAAAACGGCGAGCUCCCCCCGGAACACAGCCCCAGCUCCAGCGACCCCAUGGCGUGCAACUCACCACAGUCCCCCGCCGUGUGGGACACACACGGGCCCUCCAGGCCGCACAGCCUGCAGCCACAAAGCCUCAACACGUCGGCCUCUAACUUUUUGGAAAGCUCGGGGUCGUGGUAUCCCUCUUCGGUCGGAAGCGCUGUGGCCGCUCACCUGCAGACCCCCAACUCGAUACAGCACUCGUUGGCUCUCGGAGCGGGGACGUUAUAUUAAAAAAAAAAAAAAAAAUCACAAAAAACAAAACAAAAAAAACUGUUGUUCAUUUAUUUUUUUUCUAAAAAAAAAAAACUUCUAUGGGACUCGUGUUGACAUUUCAGGGGAAUAUGCAAUGUAUUUGACAGUCAUAGAAGAAAGGUGUAAAAUGUGUAAAUGUGUGCAUGUAAUUUAUUGCAUUUUUGAAGACUAUUAAACGUUUAAAUGGACAAUGGAA